AUGGUACCAUUUCUGUUUCUCAGCUGCCUUUCUAUCAUCAUCACACGGGUGUCCUUUUCAACCCUAGAUCCUUGUUCUGCUUACAUCAGUCUGAAUGAAGAGUGGAGGAACACUGAUCAUCAAUUGGAUAAGUCUCAAGAUUCCCCUCUCUGUGACCACCACGUGGAUGGGGAGUGGUACCGCUUCACGGGCAUGGCAGGAGAGGCCAUGCCCACCUUCUGCAUACCAGAAAACCACUGUGGAACCCACGCACCCAUCUGGCUUAAUGGUAGCCACCCAUUAGAAGGUGAUGCCAUUGUGCAACGGCAGGCCUGUGCGAGCUUCAAUGGGAACUGCUGCCUCUGGAACACUACGGUGGACAUCAAGACUUGUCCCGGAGGCUACUAUGUGUAUCGUCUGACAAAGCCCAGUGUCUGCUUUCAUGUCUACUGUGGUCAUUUUUACGAAAUCUGUGAUGAGGUCUGUCAUGGAAGCUGCGAGGAAACCAGUGAGUGUGUAUGCCCUCCAGGAACCACGCUAGGCCCUGACAAGCAGACAUGUCUUGAUGACAACGAAUGUGAGCUCAACAAUGGUGGCUGCAGUGAAAUUUGUGUCAACCUCAAAAACUCGUAUCGUUGUGAGUGUGGAGUUGGCAAAGUGCUAAGAAGUGAUGGCAAGACGUGUGACGACAUUGAGGGAUGCCACAGGAACAAUGGUGGCUGCAGCCAUUCUUGCCUUGUGUCUGAGAAGGGCCACCAGUGUGAAUGUCCCCGAGGACUGGUGCUGUCUGAGGACAACCACACUUGCCAAGUUCCUGUGUUGUGCAAGUCAAACACCAUUGAAGUGAACAUCCCCCGGGACCUGGUUGGUGGCCUGGAGCUCUUUCUGACCAACACUUCCUGCCGAGGCGUAUCUAAUGGCACCCAUAUCAACAUCCUCUUCUCCCUCAAGACAUGUGGCACAGUGGUGAAUGUGGUGAACGACAAGAUUGUGGCUAGUAAUCUUGUGACGGGUCUUCCGAAGCAGACCCCAGGAAGCAGUGGUGACAUCAUCAUUCGAACCAGCAAACUGUUGAUCCCAGUGACCUGUGAGUUCCCUCGCCUGUACACCAUUUCUGAAGGCUAUGUUCCCAACCUUCGAAACUCCCCACUUGAAAUCAUGAGCCACAACCAUGGAGUCUUCCCCUUCAUACUGGAGAUCUUCAAGGACAACGAAUUUGAAGAGCCAUACCGGGAAACCUUACCCAUCCUCAAACUUCGCGACUCCCUCUACUUCGGCAUUGAGCCCCUGGUGCACGUGAAUGGCUUGGAGAGCCUGGUGGAGAGCUGCUUUGCUACCCCCACGUCCAAGAUUGAUGAAAUCCUCAAGUACUACUUGAUCCGGGAUGGCUGUGUUUCAGAUGACUCUGUCAAGCAGUACACAGCCCGGGAUCACCUAGCAAAGCAUUUCCAGGUCCCAGUCUUCAAGUUUGUGGGCAAAGACCACAAGGAAGUUUUUCUACACUGCCGGGUUCUUGUCUGUGGAAUGCUAGAUGAGCGGUCUCGCUGUGCCCAAGGUUGCCACCGGCGAAUGCGUCGGGACACGGCGGAAGAAGACACAGCUGGUCUACAGAACCAGGUGCUGACAGGCGGUCCGAUCCUCAUUGACUGGGGGGAAUAG